AGCUGUCGUUGCCGUCGGUGCAGUUGCCGUCGCUACCUCCUGCUUCUUUGGCCCGGGGAACGAUUUCCCCGCCGCGGGAUAAUGUGCGGGGAGGGGAUCGGGAAUUCGUUUAGAUGGCAGUUGACUAAACGGGGGAGGGUCAGACAGACGGUUAUCGAAGAACAAAAGGGAAGGCCAAAGAAUAAAGGGUUUCCCCAGUAAAAUGACACGGUGAUUGCGGUUCCUGUUUUCGGGGUCUUUCCCCGAAAUGGCGGUUUCCGUCUUCUUGCUCCACAGCGACCCGGAGCGCUCGGUAAGCGGGGUGGGGAGAGGCAGAGGUGGUCCAUGCAGCCAAUCAGUGUCUGAUGUGUUCUCUCGAGCGCGUCCUGAUUGGCUAGCAGUGACCUCAUGCUGCAGCAGCGGGUGGGGCCAGAGCCGUAGGGGGAGGCUGUUGCAAAGGCCGAGAGGGAGAGUGACGAUGGUGUUCGUUGCUGCCGCGGCCGAUUCGGAACACAAGCCGUGGCGAAGGGAAUCUAAAGGCUCUUCCUUGACUAUUUUCUCCUGUCCCUGCGCGAGUUGCGGCUCGCUGGGGAAAGCCCCCCGAGGGACGCUCCGGAUGGGGCUGUGACGGCUGUUGGUGAAAGGAAAGGCUUGUCGCCCUAUUUCUUAUCUGCCUUUCUCCUUACAAAGUAUACUUACGUAAGGUAGCAGGUCCCUAAUGUGGGAGCUGGAAUCCACGAGUCGGGAAAGGCCACUGGACUGAGUAAAGAGGCUAGCUGCUUGGGCUACAGCGCCGAGGAAUAUCGAUUAAUUUCUGAGAAAACUUAAGUUUCCAGAUUCGAAUAGCAAAGUAAUCUUUUAAGUUUGGAAUCAAGUGUAAAAAGCGUGAUGAUCAUACCCAGGAACACUUGUAAUUUCCUGAACGUUAAAAAGAAAUCAAGGAGUAUACCAUCUGAAGUUUGAGGGCCCUUUUCAAACUUGUCGCUUCUAUCUGUAUUUACUUUCUUCCCGUUUUCUCCCUGUCUGUAUAUCCUACAAGAAUGUGAAAUCCUAUCUGAAUUUUUUUUUAAUUUAGACGUGAUUAAGUAAUACAAUAAAAACUGCUAGUAUUGUAAUAUACAUGAAGUAAGGGCGUUUUCAGUAUUCCUGGUCUCCUGUUGUUUUUCUGUUGUCCUCUUAACUGUGGUUUUUAAAAAUAAAAAUGAAAUUGUAAUCA